AUGCAAGCACAACUAUUGAGGCAAAGCGUCACCAAUCAACAAUCGCAAUUGUUAAUUCAUGAGUUGAUUAGUGUUUCCAUAUAUUGCGUUACUUUUUUGCGAGACGUGUUUGAGGAGAGCAACUAUAUUGACACAAAGUAUUACAACGAGAGGUACCCACGGCCUGAUGCCAAUUACAUCAGAACAAAGAGAUUAAGACGAGGAGUUACAAAGUUUGCUGAUCUGAUUAUCAAAUGUGUUGAUGAAGGUAUUAAAGAUUCAAUUGAAAAAGGGUAUUUGAAAGCGGUGCUGUUUGCAAUCCAGUUACCCAACAAUAGCGAACAUACAGUAUGUGAAAACUAUUUGUUUGGGAUAAAUUACUUGACAAAUCAGGUCCUGUUGUCGGUUAACAAUAAGGAGACAGAAUUAGAAGUCAUUGAGUAUGACCAGAUUAUCAGUCAAAUCCAAGGUAUGAUAAGAAGGUUGAUUGUCAUGACACAAUCGUUUGAUAUGUUACCUCGGGAAAAGACCGUAUUGAUCAAAUUACUUUUUAAUGAUUCGUGUCCGAAGGAAUAUCAACCACCUUACUUUGAAGAUGCUACGGACUCACCUCCAAUUACAAUUAAAGUUGACAAACAAUCUGGAAUAAACGAUCUAGGCUCUGUUAAUACAGGUCGUAAUCAGGUCAGGUUGAGCGUAUUGGUUGCAGAUAAGAAUGGCGUGAACUCAACAAAUGUCGAUCCCUUUGAUGUAUUCACCGAUUCUGAUGAGUCCAUAGGUGAUGUUCCGGCAUCUUCUUUACAUUUAGAUAGUUUUUUAAACACAGAGAAGAAUGAAACAGCUGCUCCUACUCAAUCUGUGUCGCAUAUAUCUCCAAAUUGUCAAAAGUGUCGUACUAAACUCAAUCUUGUUGAAUAUGGAUAUGACAAACCAUUAAAAAGACCAAUCACUUGCACAAAAUGUAUGUUUGGUUCAGAUAUAGAUCAAGAUCUCAUCAUAUUGCAAAAAAUUAGACUUUUAUGGGAUUAUCUUUGUCGUCAUGAAUUUCCAAGUAUUACCCAGUUGUUGGCGUUGACAAGUUUGACUUUGAGUGAUGCUAAUAUCCUUAAAGGUAUUUUCAACAAUUUGUUUCAGGAAAAUGUUCUCAUUGUUAGUAAAGAAGGCCAAUUUGAAUCUGGUACUAUCGAUUAUCGUAUUGGAUCAGGCGAGUUUCUUCCUAUAGUUGAUGGGAUUAUUGACAAUUAUGGUACUCCCUUGGUCAAAAAUAGGCGUUAUUUUGUUAUAUUUGUUCCUGUUUUACGUGACGAAUUCCCAUACUUGUCAUAUGAUGAAUCAGUGGUUGAUUUGUAUUUCCCCAACAUACAAUUGCCAAGGAUCAACUUUGUCAAACUUAAUUUGAGAAAAUUUAAAGCAAGGUCCUUACAAAAGGAAACUCAAUUUAGUGCCAGAGUUGUACGUACAGUGAUUCCAGAUUCUCAAGCAUCUCCAGGAAUAGUAAAGAAAUAUGGUGGGUAUAAAGUUCCUCGUAUUGUAAAUGAGGAAACUGCCGAUGAAAGUAAAGAUGCAAUUGAUAUUGAUGCUUCGUCUAUUGGGUAUGUCAUACAAGAGCAACAUGGUUCCAAUAUAGCAGAAGCAACAAAGCAAAUUAAAGAUUUGUCAUUUGCUGAUUCAAUUGAAUACUUAUCGCAAGAGCCAUUGUCUAUGAAAAUGGAGGAUGUGUCACCAUCACAGAUGAAAAGAAGGGCUGAACAACUACCACAACAAGCACAAAAGAAAAGAAAGGUUAGUGUAAACAAGGUGUAG